AUGCCACCACUGACUGGGGCAAAGCAGGCGGGAGGCGCCCCUCUGCCUGACCGCCCCGCUACCCCCCUGCUCACCCUAUCACGACGGCUCCUCUUCUCCUCCAGCACUUCCCCCGCAUGCAACUCCCAGGGCAGGUCUGGUGGUGCACUCAGCAGGCGGGAGGCGAGCCUUUGCCUUACUGCCGCGCUCCCCCCCUUCUCUUCCUAUCACCCCAACCCCUCUUCCCCCCAUAUUCCCCCGCAUGCGCCUCCCAGGGCAGGUCUGGUGGCGCACUCAGCAGGUGGGAGGUUUGGUGGCGCACUCAGCAGGUGGGAGGCGCGCCUCUGCCUGACUGCCGUGAUCCCCCCCUUCUCUUCCUAUCACCCCAACCCCGCUUCCCCCCAUCUUCCCCCACAUGCGCCUCCCAGGGCAGGUCUGGUGUGGUCUGGUGGUGCACUCAGCUGGUGGGAGGCGCGCCUCUCCCUGACUGCCGUGCUCCCCCCCUUCUCUUCCUAUCACCCCAACCCUGCUUCCCCCCAUCUUCCCCCGCAUGCGCCUCCCAGGGCAGGUCUGGUGGCGCACUCAGCUGGUGGGAGGCGCGCCUCUGCCUCAUUGCCGUGCUCCCCCCCUUCUCUUCCUGUCACCCCAACCCCGCUUCCCCCCAACUUCCCUCGCAUGCGCCUCCCAGGGCAGGUCUGGUGGAGCACUCAGCAGGGGAGAGGCGCUCCUCUGCCUGACUGCCGUGCUCCCCCCCUUCUCUUCCUGUCACCCCAACCCCGCUUCCCCUCAUCUUCCCCCGCAUCCGCCUCCCAGGGCAGGUCUGGUGGCGCACUCAGCACGUGGGAGGCGCGCCUCUGCCUGACUGCCGUGCUCCCCCCCUUCUCUUCCUAUCACCCCAACCCCGCUUCCCCCCAUCUUCCCCCGCAUGCGCCUCCCAGGGCAGGUCUGGUGUGGUCUGGUGGCGCACUCAGCAGGGGAGAGGCGCGCCUCUGCCUGACUGCCAUGCUCCCCCCCUUCUCUUCCUAUCACCCCAACCCCGCUUCCCCCCAUCUUCCCCCGCAUGCGCCUCCUAGGGCAGGGCAGGUCUGGUGGCGCACUCAGCAGGUGGGAGGCGCGCCUCUGCCUGACUGCCGUGCUCCCCCCCUUCUCUUCCUAUCACCCCAACCCCGCUUCCCCCCAUCUUCCCCUGCAUGCGCCUCCCAGGGCAGGUCUGGUGGCGCACUCAGCAGGUCGGAGGCGCGCCUCUGCCUGACUGCCGUGCUCCACCCCUUCUCUUCCUGUCACCCCAACCCCUCUCCCCCCGAUUAUCCACCGCAUGCAGCCCCCAGGUGUGGUCUGGUGGCGCACUCAGCUGGGCAGGUCUGGUGGCGCACUCAGCAGGUGGGAGGCGCGCCUCUGCCUGACUGCCGUGCUCCCCCCCUUCUCUUCCUAUCACCCCAACCCCGCUUCCCCCCAUCUUCCCCUGCAUGCGCCUCCCAGGGCAGGUCUGGUGGCGCACUCAGCAGGUGGGAGGCGCGCCUCUGCCUGACUGCCUUGCUCCCCCCCUUCUCUUCCUGUCACCCCAACCCCUCUCCCCCCGAUUAUCCACCGCAUGCAGCCCCCAGGUGUGGUCUGGUGGCGCACUCAGCUGGGCAGGUCUGGUGGCGCACUCAGCUGGUGGGAGGCACGCCUCUGCCUGAUUGCCGUGCUCCCCCCCUUCUCUUCCUGUCACCCCAACCCCGCUUCCCCCCAUCUUCCCCCGCAUCCGCCUCCCAGAGCAGGUCUGGUGGCGCACUCAGCAGGUCUGGUGGCGCACUCAGCAGGUGGGAGGCGCGCCUCUGCCUGAUUGCCAUGCUCCCCCCCUUCUCUUCCUAUCACCCCAACCCCUCUCCCCCCGCCUAUCCCCCGCAUGCGGCCCCCAGGUGUGGUCCUGUGCCGCACUCAGCAGGUGGGAGGCGCGCCUCUGCCUGUCUGCCGUGCUCCCCCCCUUCUAUUCCUAUCACCCCAACCCCUCCCCCCCCACACUUCCCCCGCAGCCACCGCUCAAAUCCCACGUGUGGCGCAACGUACCCAAUCACCCGCUACCCCCAUGCUCUCCCAAUCACCCCACCCCCUCUCCCCCUCAUGCACUGCCUCUACCCCUUUAACCACGUGUCGCUGGUGGCGCACUUUGCAGUCCAAUAA